AUGUCGCCACUAACGAAGAAACGGCCGCGAAAAGAUCAACCCUUGCGUGCGAGUCAUGCCCGGUCGCAAACCACGACGAGCGAAACCAUUUACACGCCUUUAGACCCAGAGCUGAAAGAGAUUCGACUGAUUCAAAUUGCGCCAGGCAGAUACGACGAUGAUUUGAGGAUCCGCUUACGCGUCCAUAAACUCGAAAAAGGAGGGUUGGUAUUCAACGCUCUCUCAUAUGUAUGGGGUUACGAAAAGUGCCGUCGAGAAGCGAUUCUGGAUGGACACUGUGUGACCAUUGGUCGUAAUCUCGACUCUGCUUUGCGAUGUCUGCGCGAUGACUUGAUCGGACGUCUACUUUGGGUAGACGCUUUGUGUAUCAACCAAGAGGAUAUUGAAGAACGAAACCAGCAGGUUCAGCUCAUGAGGAGCAUCUACUCUUCGGCCACGAGAGUCAUGAUAUGGCUAAGCGCAAGACUUCCGACCGAUGACUUCGUCAUACAUCACAUCACACGCAAUACAAUUCCAGCGACGACCAGGGAGGCUAUCCUUCUGCUACGAGCACUCAAACGUAUUUGUUUAAGACCGUGGUUUGAACGUACCUGGGUAGUGCAGGAAAUGGCUCUUGCGAAAGAAAGCCCGACUCUACAUCUUGGACAACGAAGCGUUCAGUGGGACCAGUUCGGGUAUUACAUUGGAGUUCUGUAUAACAUGUUGGAAAACAACGAAUUGGGUGCGUCGUGGCCGCGGAAGAGUCUUGAUGCCUUUGUGUUCCCAAGUCACAGAGUACACAAAUUUGUUUCUAUAAGACAGAUGAUGAGCUACCGGAAUUACGAUCUGAUGGAGCUGUUAGCUGCGACUUUUGCUCUACAAGCGACUGAUCCUCGUGACAAAGUUUACGGAAUUCUUGGAUUU